GUGGAGUAUGUGUGAAGCUUUUCUUAUGGGAGGAAAUGAGUAUGCCGCAUUUUUAGGUUGGGAGGAGUUUAUAUAUGGGAAGGGAGCAUAACAGGAGAUAAAUGAGGAUUAGCGAGGAAAAUAGAGCUUCCAGUCAUCCCCGAGGUGGCUCUAAACCUGAAUUUAUACACGUGGAGUGGCCACGUUGCGUAGGCCCUUAGGUGUUUGCACAGGAAGCCUCUCUAGUUGGCCAAUGGUUACCUUUUCUCUAGCCGUGACUCUGGUGCUGCAAUCAGUACAGGCGGCUGGGCCUGAGAAUUGGGCCGUCCUAAGGCAGUCUCCUCUCUAGGCAGUCGUCUCGGUGGCCAUUUUGCCCAACCGCUCUUUAGCAGCUAAGUUGCGUCAGUUUCGCCGGGGUCUGAGCCUGUGGCCGGCCCCUCAUUUGCAAGUCUCAUUAAUAAUUGAGUACCUGGGCUGCGCCUGUUCGCGUAAGACCCGGCGGAUUCCGCACGGUCUAUCCACUCCCGGUUUUCACCGGUUCAUGGAUAUUCAUGAGGCGCUUUGGGGGCGUGGACCUGGGCGGAGCUAGGGGCAGGGCCCUGCCACAGCUCGUACUGGCUUGGUCCCGCGGUGGUGGCGGCGGCGGCGGUAGCGGCGGCGGAGACUGGCAUCGGGCUGCCGAGCCCGAGCAGAGCGGAGCCGGAUCCUGGGGGAGCGCGUCCACCGCAUGUGAUGGAAGUAUCUACUCUCAGGGAAGGCACAGCCAUGGCUUCCCUACCGCCCCGGGAGCCAGAGGAGGAGCUGGUAUCUGCUGGCUCUGAGCCAGGUGACGCUCGGGCCAAACCCCCUGUCAAGCCCAAACCCCGAGCCCUGCCCGCCAAGCCAGCCCUGCCUGCCAAGCCCAGCCUGCUGGUGCCUAUUGGACCUCGGCCUCCCCGGGGUCCUCUGGCCGAGCUGCCUUCUGCCCGGAAGAUGAACAUGCUGGCGGGACCCCAGCCCUAUGGUGGCAGCAAGCGUCCCCUUCCGUUUGCACCCAGGCCUAUGGCUGAGGCCCCUACUGGAGGAGAAGCCACCCGAGAGACUGUGAAAGAGGAACGUGGGAAAGAAGAGGUAUCCCCCUUGACACCUCCAGCUCGCUGUGCCGCCCCGAUGGGUGUGCGGAAGGCGCCCGCCCCCUUCCGCCCAGCCUCGGAGCGCUUUGCAGCCACCACAGUGGAAGCGAUCCUGGCCAAGAUGGAGCAGCCGAGGAAGGAGGUCCCGGCCAGCCCUGACCGCCUCUGGGGCUCCCGCCUCACCUUCAACCAUGAUGGCAGCUCAAGAUAUGGCCCCAGGACCUAUGGUGUGGCCGCAGGUCCCAGGGAUGAGGAUGGUGGGACCCUCUCCAGGGAAUGGGCCCAGGAGGGGCCGGCAGAGUCUCCCACAGAGUGCCCUGAAGAGCCCAGCAAGACCCCCGAGGAGAGGAACCCCCUUUCGGACCUGGCCUUCAAUGGGGACCUGGCUCAGCUGGCCAGCUCUGAGCCACCUACUGACGUUUCCAAGGCCUGGGUCCCCUCCAGUCCAGGCUCCACCAGCCCAGGCCUCCCCGUUGAAGCCUCGGGCUCAGCCCCUGAGUCUCCACGUCCUUCCUCACCCGAUGAGAGCUCUCCCCGCCACUCACAGCUUCCAGAAGCCCAGAGCCCUGCAGCUUCCGGAGCUUCUCCCUGCCUCCCCAAGACCCUGGCAUCCCCAUCUGCGACCCCUCCUGAUGAGGACUCCUGCCACCCGCCUAGUCCGGGGCUCCCCUCUCUGGGAGCCCUGGAGGCCUCCAGACCCGGCAGCCCUCCCCUCCAGGAGCUCUCGGGGCGCCGCAGCCCGGAGCAGCCCCCAGCUGCCUUGCCCCAGCCCCUAACGGACGGGGGUGAGUUGCUAGACCUCCCUUGGACGUUGUCAUCUGGGGACAUGGCGGCCACAGGGGGUGAGGACCUCCGUCCCGUCAGCCUGGCUCAGCGCCGAUUUUCUGAAGGUGUGCUCCAGCCGCCCGGCCAAGACCAGGAGAAGCUGGGGGGCUCGCUGGCUGCCCUGCCCCAAACCCAGGGGAGCCAGUCGGCCCUGGAUCAUCCCUUUGGGAGUGGGACACAGUCCAGCUGGAGCUUGUCACAGUCCUUUGAAUGGACCUUCCCCACGCGGCCUUCGGGUCUGGGGGUGUGGCGGCUGGACUCCCCACCCCCCUCCCCCAUCACUGAAGCCCCUGAGGCCGCGGAGGCUGCAGAGGCUGGAGACUGGGCUGCAUCCAGCAGGGAGGAAGGAGUGUCCCAGCAGGCGCGAGGGGCCCCGCCAGCUCCAGAGGGCCCAGGAAGGCCUGGUUCCUGGAUGCAGGCGGAUGAUCUGGGCACCUCCCCAACCCAAAAGGGCGAUGGGGAGAGCCAUCCUCAGCCCGCAGCUGUCCCCCUCGAGCCCCUGCCAACAGCGGGGGACCAGCCUGGACCAGCCUUGCUGCAGGCAGAGGAGAGGUACGAGGAGCGAGAGCCCCUGCCUGGACAGGGAUCCCUGCUUCCUCUGCCCACGAGGGAGGCCGCCCUGCCCAUCCUGGAGCCGGUCCUGGGGCAGCGGCAGCCAGCACCCCCUGACCAGCCCUGUGUCCUCUUUGCCGCCAUCCCCGACCCCGGGCAGGCACUGCCUGCCAAGGAGGAGGCCAUGACCCUUGCCCAGGCCGAGACCACCGAACCCAGGACAGAGGUUCAAGACCCGCGAAGGGCGUCCCCCGAGCCUGCAGGCCCCGAGAGCAGCUCCCACUGGCUGGAUGACCUCCUGGCUUCGCCAUCACCCAGUGCUGGAGGUGCACGGCGGGGAGCUGGAUCUGAGCUGAAGGACACACAGACCCCAAGUGCUUGCUCUGAGGGACUCCUUGGCUGGGCCCAGAAAGAUCUGCAGAGUGAAUUUGGGAUUGUAGCAGACACACAUUCCAGAAGUUUUAGUCCUUGCAGCUGGUCCCAAGACACUUCUCAGGACUAUGGCCUUAGGAGUGCGAGCCCUAGAGGGGGCCCAGGCCUUGGAGAGAGGGACUGGACCAACAAGUGCGGGCACGGAGUGGGGGAGGGGAGCUCCAGGGAGUGGGCCAGCAGGUGUGGCAUCGGCCAGGAGGGGAUGGAGGUCGGCAGCCAAGAUGGGAGUGGAGUGUCGGCCCCGGGGGGGCUCACGGCCCAGGACCAGGUGAUUGGAAAGGCAGCCCAGCCUGGCACUCCGCAGGGCCAAGAGGUAGAUGUUCGCGACUGGGAGUUCAGAGAGAGGGAUUCCCAGGGCUCUUACUCCAGCCAGGGUGUCGAAAUCCAGGGCCAGGAAUUUGGGAAGAGAGAUUCUCUGGGUACUUACUGCAGUCAGGAUGCAAGCUUUCAGGACUGGGAAUUUGGGAAGAGGGAUUCUCUGGGUGCUUCUGCCAGCCAGCAUGAGGAUGAGCAGAGCCAGGAACUGGGGAAGAAGGACCAGCUUGGCAGGUACGGCAGCCAGGACGCAGGUGAGCCGGACCAGGAGUUUGGGAAGAGCAGUUCUUCACUGAGCACCUACAGCAGCCGGGGCGCAGGGCAGCCGGACCAGGAUUUCGGGAAGAGCGCCUGGAUGAGAGACUACAGCCGCGGUGGCAGCUCCACGGCCCUCGGCUCCCAGGACAGAGGCUUCGGAAUGAGAGCCCUGAGUGCCGGGUUCAGCCCCGAGGAAGCCCAACAACAGGACGAGGAGUUUGAGAAGAAGAUUCUGAGUGGCAGAGAGAGCCUGGGCGAGGCCAGCAGGGACGUAAGCUGGCCUGAAGAGGCUGAGUCUGGGGGCUUGCUCAGCCCCAGCAGCCCCCAGUCACAGGAUGGGGCACUGGGACAGAGAGACCAGAGCAGCUGGCAAGGCGGUAGUGCCAGCCAGGAGGUCGGAGGGCUGCAGGGCAGACAGCAGGCCGGGGGCCAGAGCCCCGGUGAUGCCGACCGGGAGGACAGGGAGGUGGGGCAGCGAGGCUGGGCCAGUGACUUCAGCCUCAGCGUCGUCCCCCAGCCAGAGGCGGCCUUCAGCCCAGGGCAGCGGGACUGGAGCGGCGACUUCUGCGUGGAGGCUGCCGAGAGGAGCCGUCAGUUUGGCAUCAUCGGCAACGACAGAGCGAGCGGCGCUGGCCUGAGCCCUUCUGGCAAGAUAGGAGGAGGCCACUUUGUGGCUCCCGGGGAGACCUUGGCCGGGACCAUGGACUGGAGAGACCAGCUGGGCCUUAGGAACUUGGAAGUGUCCAGCUGUGUGCGUUCUGGGGGCUUGAGUGAAGCCAGGGAGGGUGCCAUGGGGCAGGUAGGCUGGGCAGACAACCUGGGCUUGAGAGACGUGGAGCUGGCCGGUCGUCUGGAGACUGGAGGGUCUGUGGAGCCCAGGGGGAUCGGAGUCGGGGAGAAGGACUGGACGGCUGAGGUCGGGCUGAGGGGCAGAGAUUUGGCAGCAGUGGGGGAGGUAGGAGACCACAGCCAGGCCAGAGAGAGUGGCGUGGGGCAGACCGACUGGUCAGGUGUGGAGGCAGGAGAGUUCCUGAAAUCAAGGGAGCGUGGAGUGGGUCAGGCAGACUGGACACCUGACCCAGGGCUGAGAAACAGGGAGCUCGGGGCAGGCCAAGUGGACUGGGGCGACAAUCUGGGCCUGAGGAAUUUGGAGAUGCCCUGCGACCUGGAGUCUGAGAGUUCCCGGGGGCCGCGGGGAUGUGGAGUGGGGCAGACGGACUGGACCCAGGACUCGGGGCUCCGGAAUGUGGAGCUCUUGGGGGCCCUGAGGGAAGCCAGGGAGCAUGGGGUAGGGGAGGUCAGCCAGUCUCCUGAACCAGGCCUGAGGAACGACGGCGUCUUGUCCCCUGGCCUGGAGGCCAGAGACCCCUCGGAGGCCAGGGAGCUGGGAGUUGGCAAGACAAGUGGGCCAGAGACCCAGGGCGGAGAAGAUCCCCUGCCUUCCGUGGCCAUCUGCCCCGAGGAACCUGGAUCAGAGGCAGGGGAAUCCCCCGGCUUUGGAGCCAGUCCUGGCGGAUGCCUGGCGCGCUCCCCGCCCUCCGGCUCCCAGGGCCCGCUGGAGGGGACGCCGGCUGCCAGCUGCUCCGGGGCAGCGGCCCGGAGGGAGUCGGCAGCCUCGGGCCUCAGGGAGCUGUCAGAGGAGGAAGGGGCCACAGCAGGCGCUGACCAAGGGGAGCCCCUGGAGCCUGGCUGGGACCGUCUGCCCUCCUGGAGGCCCCAGCCUGAUGGUGAAGCCAGACAGACAGAAGAGGUGGACGGCACCUGGGGCCCUGCAGGGACCGGGCAGAGCGUGCAGGACCGGAUGCCGACCCCCCAGUGGCUCCCCCAGGGCCCUCCCGCCAGCUCCACCAGUCAGGAUUUCUCCUUCAUCGAGGACACCGAGAUCCUUGACAGUGCCAUGUAUCGGAGCCGUGCCAACCUGGGGCGCAAGCGUGGGCACCGGGCCCCGGCCAUCCGGCCUGGGGGGACGCUGGGCCUGUCGAAGGUGGCAGAGUCGGACGCAAGGCUGUUCCAGGACUCUACAGAGCCGCGGGCUUCGCGGGUACCGUCUUCGGACGAGGAGGUGGCGGAGGAGCCUCAGAACCGCCGGACACGGGUGACCAAGGGGCUGAAAGUCAACCUCUUUCCCGGCCUGAGCCCAUCAGCCCUGAAGGCCAAGCUGCGCUCCCGGAACCGCUCGGCUGAUGAGGGGGAACCGACAGAGGGCAAGUCGAGUCAGAAGGAGCCCGUGAUCCAUCGCUCCAAGUCCUGCAAGGUCCCGGGGCUGGGGAAGCCCCUCGCGUUACCUCCCAAGCCAGAGAAAUCCUCAGGGUCAGAAGGGUCAUCGCCCAACUGGCUGCAAGCCCUGAAGUUGAAGAAGAAGAAGGUCUGAGAAGUCACUGAGGUCCUUCCCAUCUGGCAGUCUCAGGCAGUGCCUGUCCCUGUGGGGUCCCCGGCAAGGAGACUGCUGAGCCCCCCACGCCCCAGGCUGCAGCCUCUGCCCCCUCCACCUACGGGGGCCGUCUGGGGAGGCACAGUUAUGCACUUUGUAUCACCGUCCCAACUCCCCUCACACCUCCCUCCCAACCAGUUGUUAGCGGUCGAAGGUUUAGGUCCCUCCCUCCUUCGCUGUCUUCCCGCCUCCCUCUCUGCUUCCUCCUCCAGCCUCCCGUGGGUUUUCUUUUGAUACCGGUUUAUAGCAUUUUUUAUAAAAGCCUUUGAUUUUUGUAACGGGCGGAUCCCAGCCCCACCCCCGGUCUCCCUCCGCCAUGCCAGGUGCCCCACAGAAACUGAUACCAUUUUGCCACUUGAAACAAUAAAGUUUUUUGGGAAUUG